AUGGCGGCACCUAUGACCAGCAGCCCAGGGCCCGAGCCGGGUGGCUUGGGCAAACCCCCGGCUUCUAGUCCUACAGCAAGCUCCGUCCCCGUGGGCUCGGCAGCAGACAAUGAACCUCCAGUGGGCGAUCUCAGCGUGAAGCGGGAGCUCGACAUUCAAGUGCAAGAGGUCCUUGCGUCGGAUAUUGGUGUGUCUACAAUGUUGAACAGGCUGAAGCAGAGCAUCGCAUCUGCCAAGGAAUUCGCCUCGUUCCUAAAGAAGCGCUCGAUACUCGAAGACGAACAUGCAAAAGGCCUCAAGAAGAUAUGCCGGCUGACGGCCGAGAGUGCCCAUCAUGCCGACCACAAGCAGGGGUCCUUCUCUCAUGCAUACGACGACAUGCUGCAGAUCCACGACCGCAUGGCGGAGAAUGGGCUUCAGUUUGCCUUGUCCCUGCAUCAAAUGCACGAAGAUCUUCUCGAAGUCGCAGCAGUGUCUGAAAAGCACCGCAAAGGCUGGAAGGUCAAUGGACUAGAGCCCGAAAAUCGCCUGGCCGCUGUAGAGAGCGCCAUGCGCAAGUCGAAGGCCAAGUACGAUUCCCUUGCCGAGGAGUACGACCGUGUUCGCACGGGCGAGGGCCGGCAGGGCAGCAAGUUCGGCUUCAAGGGCCACAAGUCGGCGCAACAACAGGAAGAAGAACUACUGCGCAAGGUACAAGCUGCAGACACGGACUACCUUGGGAAGGUCCAGAAUUAUCAGUCCGAAAAGGCCAACGUGGAGUCGUCCACACGACCAGAGGCUGUGCGAGCUCUGCACGAUCUCAUCAGGGAGUGCGAUGCUGGAACUACUUUACAAAUGCAAAAAUUUGCGUCGUUCAAUGAGAAACUUCUUCUCAGCAACGGUCUGGUGAUUAGCCCACUCAAGAACGCGGGCUUGCCUGGUCAGCACUCGCGAAGCUUGAAAGAAGUCAUACAGAGCAUAGACAACAACCAAGAUUUCGAGAGCCACAUCAAGGGAUUCCAUAGCCAGGUUGCGCCGAAGGGUUCGGAGCCCAAGUAUGAACGCAAUCCUGUUCUUAACCCCCAACCGACUGCGCCUGCGUUCCAGGCGCCCGCGCCUCAGACACAGCCGGUUAGCAAUCAGCAACCGCAGUCCCAGGCACCCCCUCCGCAGCUGCCCCAACUUCAGACGCAGAUGGGUGGACCUGGCUCUAUGGGCUCCAGAACGGGUGGAAUUGAUAGCAUGCCACCCACAAUGAACCAGCCGCUUCCACCGCAAGGAUUUGGAGGACCAAGCUCCGGCCCUCCGUCCGCGGCCCCCGGAGGGCAUGAAAGGAGCUUCAGCCACGGUGGCAUGUUGAACCAGGGCCCGCCACAGUCUCAACAGCCGUACAACGUGAGAAACUCUACCCAAAACAUUACUCCGGCACAAAACCGAUUCAAUGGCGGAGGGCCCACCCCGAGUGCUGGUCCUCCUCAGCUCGGCGCGUUGCCUUUCCAGACUCAGACACCGGUCCAGGAAGCUCCAAACAGCUUUAAUGAGCCGGCCCCUGCACCCGCUGCAGGACCGUCCAAUACUUCUCCAGUCGGCAGGGGGAAGCAGGUCUUCGGCGUUAGCCUCGCUAGAUUGUACCAGCGUGAUGGUCUGGCGGUGCCGAUGAUUGUGCACCAAUGCAUUCAAGCCGUUGACUUGUAUGGCCUCAAUCUCGAGGGCAUCUACAGGCUAUCCGGAUCGUCUGCACAUGUGAACAAGCUGAAGAAUUUGUUUGACACGGACUCCGAAUCGAGCAUUUUGGACUUCCGGAACCCAGAAAACUUCUUCCACGACGUCAACAGUGUCGCGGGUCUUCUCAAGCAAUUCUUCCGCGACCUACCCGACCCGCUCUUGACAGCGGAGCACUACCAGAAUCUCAUUGAGGCGGCCAAGCACGAAGAUGACGUCUUGCGCCGUGACAGUCUGCACGCCAUCAUCAACGACCUGCCAGACCCGAACUACGCCACACUGCGUGCCUUGACACUGCACCUGCACCGCGUCACAGAGGCCAGUAGCAUCAACAGGAUGAACUCGCAGAAUCUGGCGAUCGUGUUUGGGCCUACACUGCUCGGAACAGCGCCUGGCAGCAAUAUCGCUGAUGCAGGAUGGCAGGUCCGGGUCGUGGACACGAUCUUGAACAACACGUACCAGAUUUUCGACGAAGACUAA